AUGGCUAGAAGUUUGGCCACACAAAGAUGGCCGGCCUUGAUUCGAAAUGCUAGGACUACUUCAGAGCAGAUUGCCAAUCUGAGGGCCCUUAAAAAUGAGAUCGUUGGACAUGCUCCAAAGAAAGAAAUGGCUGUAACCAUGGGCCUUGUGGAACCUGUCGUACGCAUAAGUUUCAAUAAGUUCAAUUCCAGAAAUCAGGAUGGAAAAGCACACGAUCAUAGUUAUGCGAUCCGACCGUUAGAAGAAGAGGAUAUGGUUCGACUACAGGCUCUACAGAUCCUAGGAAGCCUUGCAUAUGGUGGUCCAACCUUCCUCGCUCCAUUACACUAUGGCUCUGCGCUCCCGGCGAUCCUAUCGAAUCUUUGCCCAAUAAGUAAUCCGCCACAAAUAGUCCUCGCAGCGCUGCGGGCUUUGUCCAACCUUGCAGAAUCCGCAGUGCUUGCUACUAGCACACACCCUAUUACCAUCAAGUCCCUGGCAGCAGCGUUGUUCGUUCGUCCACAUCUCGCCUCUCUAACUCGCAUCAUCUCCCAGACUUCAUCGUCUCACAUUAUACAAAAUCAAAUAUCUUUGGCGGCGACACUUAUAGCUCGAAUAUGUCGACAGGAGUCCUAUCAACAAAGUCUCGCAACUUCUGGUGUUCUGGAUGCUUUAGCUGUAAGACUGGCAAGCUUCGUUGUGGCUCAGGGCCUUGUUAUUCCAGGUGCCGAUAUCAUUGCGCAUAGGGAAGGUUUACGGGAAUACAUCCCCGCGGCUGCUCCUUCAAAUGCUUAUUUUUCGGGAAUUUUGGAGGCUAUAGCUAGCAUUGUUGCCGAAUCCAAGUUAAGAGCUUCACAACUCAUUUAUCACCCAUCAAUAAUGGCGGUAUUUCCGUCAAUUCCUGCAGGCGAUGCGCCGAUCCUGCAAAGCUCGAGAGCUGCCUGGAACACGUUCAAUACAGGAAGUUUAAGUUCACGACAGAGUCAAUUAAGUGCCAUCGAUUACCUGCUCCCGAUCGUUCCACAGUAUCAAGUGAAGAGCGCACAGGCAUCUGCAUUUCCUCCACUUGGUUCAUCAGGACCUCGGGAGCCUCUCAAUGGUCGUGGAAAGUCAACUUCUGCAUCUAUAUGGUCUGACCCUCCCCCGGAGCGCAAUGGUUCACCACAAGAGAGUCAGGCCGCCCUGGAGGACCCCGAAACCCCUCUAGUUGCAUACCUGAUAUUUAUUAUGAGAUCUCGCGAAGGCGAGGAGAGACUCAUGGCUUCUUAUUUACUGACAGUUCUAUUUCGAGCCGGCCUUAUCAAUAAAGCCAGGGAACCAGCCUUAGGUUUACUGGUUGUGCCUCUACUUGUGCAGAUGUUGGAUGAAGAGGCGACACAAGUCAAGUCCAAGGAUAUCUCUUGUGACCAUGAAUCGUUGAGAGUCGAGUGGUCAAUCACAGAAAUGGCACCACGGAUCUUGUCGUUGCUGAUUACAGAUAGCGAACACCUCCAAAAGGCUACCUUUCAAAAUAAGGCAAUGGUCAAGCUCUCUAAGUUGAUUAAACUAUCUUACGAACCCGUACCGGAAAGUGCCAAUGCACAGCAUUGGUCGCCUAUCAAACCAAAUGCAGAAGAGGACUAUGUGGAACAAACCCCUUCAUCACGUCUUGGCGAUCCUGGUCAAUCUGCUCUUCUCGUUCACAAAAUCAAAGUAAGGGAAAGUGUAUUGAGGGCUAUAGCAUCACUCAUUCCAUUCAAAGAAGAACAUAGAAAAUCCGUUGUGGAUAACGGUAUAAUUCCUUACAUUGUCGAAUCUUUGAACCCUAAUCCGCAAAAGCCAUCAACUAAAGUCAAUGAAAAAGGCGACAAAGCCGAAAAGAAAAACGAUUCAAGUAACCCUGAAGUUAAACAGGAAGGCUACGGAAUCAAUCCCGUAGGCGUCCUUAUUGCUGCUUGUACGGCGACUCGAGCUUUGGCUAGGUCAGUUUGUAUACUUCGGACUACCUUGAUUGAUAAUGGAGUGGUUGCGCCGAUAUUUCCUCUUCUUUCUCACCCAGACAUCGAAGUUCAGAUUGCUGCUACCGCUGCAGUCUGUAAUCUCCUUACCGAUGUUGCUCCAAUGCGAGAGAGCUUCAUGGAAAAUGGGGUACUUAAAAUACUUUGUGGACAGGCACACUCAGCGAACGCAAAGCUUCGUCUGAAUGCUACCUGGGCACUCAAACAUUUUGUCCUUGGCGUCGGCAACGAAACUAAAAGAGCGUGUCUAGAAGAAUUGGGAUCAGGAUGGUUAGAUCGCCUCAUUUGUAACGAUACAGAAGAUGAGGCACUCCUCAAAGAAAAUAAUUAUAACCAAAACACGGCCUCAGGCGUCGACGAUGCUAUGGAUGAAGAUGUGGAGAUGGAUCAGUUUGAAACGCCGACGGGGGCUUCACUCUCGGCUCAUAACAAUUCUAGGCCUAACAGCAGUCGCAGUAAAAGCUUGCAGCAAGCAGAAGCGAAGCUCGCUGCUCUACGAGAAGCUGAACUAAACCCCGCUAAAAGGGCUAGGAAAGAUGACCUCGCAGUUCAAGAACAAGGUCUGGACUUUAUACGGAAUUUGAUUUCAAGUGCAGGAUCCGGACAUAGCAAUAGCGCAGAAAAUACUGAAAUGAUUGAUUACCUAUUCAGUUCUCUGGGCCAAGACCGAGUUUUCGAGAUUCUAGCUUCCAAGCUUAGACCAAAGAUCAUCAAUCGUCCUUUCAACUCCACUGGCCGGGGCUCUAGUGCACCGGAAGCAAAAGUUAUUCCGCCUCAACCAGAGAUCAUCGUUGCUGUCGUCUAUAUUCUAGUCCAUAUGGCCGCUAGUAUUCCGCAACAUCGUCAGAUCGUCAUAGCCCAAACCGACCUCCUCAAACUUCUCGUCCCCCAUUUUAACAACCCAGCCUUUGAAGUCCGCGUCGCCAUGUGCUUUUUAAUUGCAAAUCUCACUUGGGUAGACGACUCGAACGAUGGACCGGCUUGCGCGCAACGCGUGCAUUCAUUGAAACAACUUGGUAUCCUUCAAAAGAUUGAAAACCUGGAACAUGAUCCGGAACUGGACGUGAGAGAGAGAGCUAAAGUUGCUAUUUGGCAAAUGAAAGCUCCAGUUUUUAAUAAUUAA